AUAGGAGGGAAGAGGGCAAGAGCGGUGUAAGGAAAAACCAUUGAUGGGGAAAAUGUGUUCCGAAACAAGGGUUUAAGACUCCACAUGUUGACACGACCAUUCAAAAUUAGUUCACUUAAAUUAAAUGGAAAGAGCAGGGCUUUAAAAUUUGAAACUCAAUGUUGAGAUGUCGACACAGCUCGCCAAACUCGUACUGCGAAGGAUCAGAACACCUACGAUUUGGACGGCUCCUGCUUUUCAACCUCAUUCCUGUUCAUGAAACCGUAAUUUCCUUUUGUGGCCCUAAAUCCAACCUUCGGUGGAUAGAUCAGGCCCUAAUUAUCAGAAAGGCAAGGCAGUUGUAGGAAGCUACCAGAAUUUGACAAAGACAAAUCUUACAAAUCUUCGGUCUUCCCAAUACAGUAAUGUAUCAAGAUUCCGGUCCCAGUUAUAUUCAAAACUGCAAGACUCAAUGCAAUAUCUUGGUCAUUCCCCUGGUUGCAAAUUGUACUUGGGGAAGGUUUUGGGGUAUUCAUUUUUAACAGGAUUACUGUGCCCUCCACCUUUGUAUGCCCUAGCUGAGGCAGAUCAGCGGACAAAUUUUUUGGACCAAUCUGUUAGAUCAGGGAUGCAGGAUGAAGGUCCUCCUAAGUUCCUUCUAUGGGCUAGAAAGCUUUUGAUCCCUAUGCUACUUGUGAUGACGGUGGUGAUGGGAUGGAAUUACCCCGUUUCUCUUGCAAUUAAUGUUGUGUUUAUUCUCUUGAGUACAAAGCCUACGCCAUCUUCUAUAUACCUUUGGGUCGAAGAGUGGCGACAGCAAAAUCUUCUCGAGAGCCAUGGAUUUGACUGGUUAAAGCUUGGUAAACCACUGCAUGUAGAAGUUCAGGACUACAAGCUUCUGUGUUUGGCUCAAGUAACAUCACUUAAUCAGAAGAUGUUAAUGAUCGGAAUUCUGGGAGAGUGGUGGAUUUUGUAUACUUCGACAUCAAGAUUUAAUUUUGGUCCCGUCUCUCUUACAUCACCAUUUACAUGAAAUUUCAAGUAAACAGCAUUUGCUUGAAAUUUUGGUUUUAUCAUGAAGGGAGAAGAUAUGUUGAUGUCUAUAACAGCGGAGCUGGUUCAGAAGUUCCACAAUGUAAAUUAGAUUUUGGAACUUCAAGUGAGUUUGUUCACAUGAGAUCAUAAAUGGAAGUCCUAGCAAGAAUCACUUUUAUAAUCUGUGUAACUCUAGUGCCUUAGAUUUUUUGUGCAACUAUAUACUUCAUUGUUGGUGGUGUUGAACAGAGAAUGCUCUUAUAGUCACAUCUGUCCUCCCAUUGUCUAAUUAAUGCCUAAAAGUUUAAAAUGUUAAACAGCUGCAUAGUUUCAAACAUUCAUCAACACAGUUAAUAUGUCAGUUUAUGAAAUAUGAUUUCUUGACAUUAGGAGUGAGGAAGACAUGCUGUCAACAACCCAAAAACAUGAGAGAAUAUCUGCUCCAGUCCUAUUCCUAAAGCUAAUAAUUAGGAAACGCCUGCAGUCUGCUCAUAAUCAAGCUGCUAUCGAGUUUAGCAGUAUCCAAGGGCCUUUUUGAUGCCAAAAUACUCAAAUUGGAGGCAAUGCUAUCAGAAAUGGGUAAAUGACAAUCUUGGACUUCCCAGUAUACUUGUUUUUGUUCACAUGUUUGAGGGCUCACGAAGGCAUUUUGAUGUGUCUGCUCAAGUGAUAUUCAAUCUUGGGAACAUCUGCUAGAUUAAAUUAUUGGUUAAACAAUCUGUAUAAACCCAAAUAUUACUUAUAUUUGUAAGGCAAGGUGAUGUAUAUCAUGUUUCUUUUCAGUAUAUUUGAUAA